ACAUCUGGGGUAUGAACGAGCUACCAUUUCCGUAAACACGAUUGAUGUAGCGGAUGCAUGAGCAUGAGCUAAAGCGGCAAAGCAGGCAAAGCGGCUAAAGCUGCUAAAGCUGCUAAAGCUGGCUAAAGCCCUUAAAGCUAAAGCAAGAGCUUACAAGCCUUACAAGCUCUACGAGCGCACGAAGCCGUUGUAUAUUAGGCCAGCUUAAGCGUUACCGUGGUCGCGAGUAUUUAUUAUUAUUUUUUUUUAAUUAUUUUCCGAUAUGAUUUUUGCAACGCACUUUGGCCAUGCGAAUGUGCCACGGAAAGUAUUAUUUAUAGGUAGCAUUAUUGCCGUUGGCGUAACCACUCUCUUGGCGUUAGGGUAUUAUUGGAAAAGAAGAUCGCGAAGAUGUUACAGCGACGUUGACGAAUCGACUGACAGCGGGAAACGCAUUCUUGUCCUGGGACUGAAUGAAGCCGGCAAGAGCAGCUUUUUGCUCCGUCUUUCGAGGCCGGAUGCAGCGUUGACAAGUCUACAACCAACGGAAGGAUUCAACGUGGUGUGCAUCAACUCAGAAAACGGCUCUUCCUUAAACUUCUGGGAGCUGGGAGGUUCUGAGACUGUGCGGUCUUACUGGCCAAAUUUCCUGCAUGAUACCAACGUCCUGGUGUAUGUGGUGGACUCUGCGGAUACCAAACGUCUGCGCUGUGCAGCGCACGAAUUCCAAAGGGUGCUGCAAGAUGAGCGCCUCCGAAAGGUCCCAAUCCUUGUCUUAGCAAACAAGCAGGACUUGCCAGGAGCCGAGAGCGUUGAGGAGAUUGCCACCAUACUCGGGCUGGAAGAACUCCGACGGCGCAGCUUCAGCGUUCACAUUCUGCCCCUCCAGAUGCCUUCCGAUACGAAUCACAAGAGCAGUGUGGCCGAAGCCAAGCACAUGAUCAUCCGUCUGUCCCACGAGCACGCUAGUGUUUGAGAUUCCUUCAAGCUUGGAAGUGGAGCGUGAAGCACCUUAAGCUUCUUUGUUUGGUACAGCUACGGAUGGUGCAAUGAUAAGCACAGCAAAGGAAGGUCCAAAAGGCCAGCUAGAAUUUUGGACUUGAUUAUGCUAAGUGGCUCUGUAUAGAAGCAGAGCUUUUAGAUUUCAUCUGCAGAUAUAGCAAUACCAUGGCAAGGUGUGCUAAUUACCUACUGGCAGUUAUUUUGUGGUUGGUGCAAGCUGCACUAGGCUCUGUAGAACAAAUGGUUUAUUACUAUGCGCUGCAUGUAGAAAGCAUUUAGGAUCAAAGUAGGCUGGCAAAGCACUUAUCUUAUAUUGACAGCUCAUCUUUGUGGCAACUUAUAAAGUUUUUUGUACCGUUCUGUAUCUCAGGCAAACAACCUUUGUGGCAACUGUUUUAAAUUAUUUUUUGUAUUCUGCAAGUCCAGGCAAACUUUCUCUUUUUUCUGCAAAUACAUUUAUAUUGAAUAAAAAUUUCAGAGGGUUCCCAUG